AUGACAACAUCCCACGAUCGUGCCGUCCUCAACCAAAUUCUAAACCCUUUAAUGCCAACCUCCGAUUCUGGAAUGGGAGAAGUGCAUUUGGAAUCCGACAAAGUCGAUCAUCCUGGCUACACUUUAAGCUCUCAGUUGGAGCGAGAAGCAGUACGCCUGGCAGAAAGUAUGAAUGUGACUGAUGCAAUUGAGAAGUUUACAGAAGCUAUCCAAGUUUGCCCCUUGAACCCAUCUGCCUACAAUAACCGCGCUCAAGCGUACCGACUUCAAAACUCGCCAGAAAAAGCCCUGGAAGACCUUAACGAAUCUCUUCGUUUAGCUGGACCAAAAACGAAAACUGCUUGUCAGGCAUACGUACAAAGAGCGAGUAUCUAUAGAUUACAAGGAGACGAUGAGAAAGCGAGGGCCGAUUUCGCUGCAGCCGCCGAGCUGGGCUCUUCGUUCGCCAAGAUGCAAAUGGUCGCGCUGAACCCGUACGCCGCGAUGUGCAACAAAAUGUUGGCCGAGGUUUUUGAGAAGGCCAAGACAGGAGAUAAUUGA